GCCCUCUGAUGCAGCUGGGCGCUUCCUCGCCGCCCCUUGAGCCUUUGAUAUUGCGACAGCGCCGCACACCUUAACUGCUCCGAGUUCCGAGACCCGCCGCCAUGUCGACUAUGAUCACGUUUGCCGCCAACAACGAGUUCUUCCGGAAGCGGAAGAGAGUUCAUCGGGCAUGUGAAGCUUGCAAGAAGCGCAGAAAGCGCUGCAGCCAUACAUUUGAUGAUGAUGUAACUCUUGACACCACUACCGAGAGUCCUCCUGAUGGUCGGCCCCCAACAACUGACCCUGGAACCUCGCGGACGGACCACUCCGGCCAUUCUGGAGAUAUUCCAUCGCAUUUCAACGAACUCACUCCUGAUUCAGGGAACGAGCAACGACACAGCCCCCAAAUCCCACUAGAGAAUGUCAGACCCGCGACGCCACCAAGUUUUGUAGGCUAUCUCAAUCCAGAGGCCGUUCUUCGGGAAGAGAUCCACGCCCGUGGACAACCUCCCGCUGCGCAUUGCGUUCCACUGGGACAGUGGGUCCAAGGUCGAGAGAACGAACGAGAACCUGAAUUUGGAAGUCGACCUGGCCCACCUGACACGCCGAUCAAUGACACCAGUCUCCCGUCAUCCAAGUCAGUGGUAAUUCAAGCAGCAUUGCAAAACUAUCUAGAUGCCAUCGGAGUAUCCAUCGUACCAAAUCGAGAAAAUCAGCAAGCUUUACUCCGUAUUUAUUUCACCUACGUGCAGCCUCUUUUGCCGAUAUUGGACGAGAAACUCUUUCUAGCAAGAUACGCCAACGACACCGAGUCACGAACGUUGCUCCAAGCCAUCUUCAUUGUAGCGUCCAAGCAUGUCGAAGCCCGACCACAUCUAAUUCUGUCCGAUGAUCCACGUCUUCUCAACCCUAGAGAGUUCUCCCAGAGGCUUUACACGUCCGUCGUCACUUCGAUAGAGGCGAAACUGGAGACCAAUCGUAUCGUGCUUGUCCAGGUGUUAGCCCUGAUUUCAUUACACUGCGAAGGACCUGACGGAGCCGAGGAAUCCUCCAUGCAUUUAGCCCAGGCGAUUCAUCAUGCACACACCUUUGGCCUCCAUUUUGGCCGUCAGUGGAAGCAUACAAGAGACGAGCACUCCGACAGCCAUAACGAUAUCUUUUGGUGUCUUUGGAGUCUCGACAAAAUCAACGCUUGCAUCAACGGAAGGCCUUUGAUUAUGAAUGAUGCCGACAACGGCCUCACUAAGAUUCCAACUGAGAUGGACAAGGAGAAACGCCAAAGCCCUUUUGGAGUUUGGCUCCAGAUAUCUAAGAUGUUGGACAAAGUCAUUGACUUUUAUCGUCCUGGUGUAGACCCUGCGGUGACCGGAUGGGAAGACGACGACUUCUUAGGUUUCGAGGAGUUGGUUGGUGAUGGAGAGGAUAGACUUGAAGGUCCGAUGAUAACUCUGUUGUCCCUAUUCCACCACUCGAUGGCGAUGGCUUCUCAUAAAUCGCUCUCGAUCAACGACCCGGUUAGAGCAACAGGCUCGAACGUUCGGCAGAGCCUAUCAGCGACUCGCGUGAUAUCAAUUCUGACCAGCGAGCCUCCUGAAUCUCUGCCACCUUUACCAAUAGUACCAUACGCUCUGUCUCUAGCGAUGAGCGUAGUCUAUCGACAUUGGCGACAGCGGCGGCUUAAGAUGCAUCGAAAUCGUGCGAAGGAAGAACUCAAGCAAUGUGUCAAGAUCUUGAACCGCCUCCGAACAGCGUGGUGGUCCGCAGGCGCCAUGGCUGACCUAGGCAUGGCAGCCUUGAGUAAUGACGAGCGAAAUAGCAGCAGGCCUAGAUCCAUACAGCCGUCGACUGGAUCAGCGCAGAAGAGCAAUGCCACCUCCGCAAAUCCCGCAAGCUCGGCAUCAAAUCAGCAGCAAACGCACUCGAACCAUUCAGUUGACUCACGCCUCAACAACUCAGCGCCGACUCCUUUGAUGAAUUACAACAUGAACACUCCAGUUCAGAUGCCUGGCCAGCAUCCUAUCAGCAGCGAGCGUGCGGAACAAUUCCCAAUGAAUGAUUUCGACUUUACCGACUCCUCCCCCGACUGGCUGAACUUUGAUACUGCUUUCGAAAACUUUGAUACCCUACUAGGCAGUUCAGGCGCUGAUCUUUCAAACGAGCUCUUCAAGCCGUUCAAUUACGAAGGGUUUGAUUUCCUGGACUCAACGACUUCGUGAUUUGGGGCCAACUUUGUUUCACUAUUGAUGUACAUAUAUUGGGCCGGGCCGUUAUAGUUCACAGGAUUCAGAUUGACUUUCUACAUUACUGCAAAACCUGAGAAGGGCAUCGGAAAAGUCCCAGCGACUGCAGAAUGCCAAAAUGAAUCGAGCAGCGGAACGUAUUCUUUGUAUACACAGGCGAGCUUGGCCAAUGUUCAAAAUAACUGAUGGCAUCCAUAAUAGAGAUACCUCACUAGC